UGUGGGAUGUUGAUGUUGGUGUUGUAGGUUAAGUUUAAAACAACAACCGCAAUAAAAAAACUGUUUUGACAUAUAUAUACAUAAUCUUAUUUAAACAAUCAUAACAAAUAAAUGAAUAUGGAACUAAACGAAGACGAUUGGUAUGUUGAUUGUUCUGAUGAAGAAAAAUACGACGUUAUUUCCAAGGAUGACUGGUAUCUUAAACCUGAUAGCCUACUAAAUAUGAUAAAUAAAAUGGAGCAUAAUAAACAGUGCUUGGAUUUAGAAUGGAAGUGUCCUGGUAGAAGAGGACCAUCACCGAUUCCUCUUAAUAGUCACCAACCUGACCACGAAUUGUCUGAUUACAAGAUUGAAGAAAAAGAUAACUUUGAUUUUAUGGACGAGAUGUCUUCGCCACGACUUCCUGUAAGGAGAGUAGGCGAAGCGACACCCAAAGGCAGCGCUAAAAAGAAAACAGCGAGUUUCAAUGGUGCCUUGUCAACAAUAAUACGUCACAGACGUCAAGAGCAACAAGAAAUAAGUCUAAGUCCCAAGAAAAUAGACCCCAAUUCAAUUACACAAAAUAUCAAACUACAUCCGUCGUAGUAUCAACUUUUUUUUCUUUUUUUUAUAACAAACUAAAGAGCGUAUAUGAAUUUAAAAUUAAAACAACUCAAAUUGUAAUGAAAUUUAUAAAAAAUAUUUUAUAUUUAUGUACAAUUGUAUAAGUAUUUAUAAUAUUAAUUAAUGAAAAUAUGUAAUUGUAAUUUAUAGUAUUUUAAUCGAGUGUUCAAAUAUUUGAUUAUUAAUUUUAAGACUUUGUGUUGUAAUUAAUGAUUUAAUAAUAACUAGAUAUUUUUUUUCUAUGAUAGUUUUAAAUUUAAUUAAA